AGAUGGAGGCAAUGGCCUCGGAUUUUAUACAGGACAAUUGCUAUCCCCAUAAUAUGUUCGAUCAUUAUGUAGAUGAUCAAGCUUUCGAGCCGUACAUUGUGGUUGGUAUUGACUUUGGGACAGCUGGGACAGCUUUUGCUAUUCAGCUUCGAACGGAUUACGAGAACAAUAAGCACGAGAUUUAUUAUGACAAAUAUCUAUCUAGGAAUGGUCGAAAAAAUUCAACUUCGCUUUUGAUAAGAAAGGACAACUUGAUGCCAUAUUUCGGCGUUGAAGCGGAAGAAAAAUAUAGACGUUUGAAGGACCCUGAUGACUGGCAUUUCUUUCGACAUUUUAAAAUGCAGAUUUAUAGAGGUAGAACACAGCAGGAUAUUGAUAAUGAAACACUGUUAACUGCAGAAGGAGGAGAGAAGGUACCAGCUGUUACUGUAUUCGCCGCAAGUCUGAUAUGCAUUAAACGUGAAGUUGAUGAACAUUUAAUUGAUGCAUACGGGAGUUGUUUAGAAAAACAGAAAAAAUGGGUUAUAACUGUCCCAGCAAUUUGGAGUGAUGGCGCAAAGACACUCAUGAGAUCAGCAGCUGAAAAGGCCGGCAUUGAAUCUAAGUAUCUCUCAAUUGCAUUAGAGCCAGAAGCAGGUGCUAUUUAUUAUGCCGUGACAGGGGCAAAUCCACCAAAUGAUCCUAACAGGAAGAAUGAUUUUCCGGUGCAUAUCGGCCCUGGAUCAACAUUUAUGGUUGUAGAUAUUGGAGCAGGAACAGUCGAUAUAACAACUAUGACCAUAAUGAAAAAUGGAAACAUUAAACAGAUUCACGAGUCAGACGGUGGCCCAGCUGGUGGCGAAAAUGUUGAUAGAAAGUUUAUUGCCCUUGUAGCAAAGCUGUUGGGGGAAAAGACCUGGCGUAAGUUUGCAAAAGAGAGUUCCCGCAAAUAUGCACAAUUUAGGGAAUCAGUUGAAGCUGCAAAGAAAGAUUUAAAACCUACUAAACCAGACGGGGAAAUUGACGACGUUUUACUGGAUAUACCUGAAGAAAUAUUGAGAGAUUUCGCGCGAGAACAGAAGGAGACUGAUUUGGCGUCUGCUAUUCGAAAGGCUGGGGAAGAACGUAUGAUUGGAUGCGUUGGCAUAGAAGAUGGACAACUGUGUUUCAAGGCCGAUAUUCUAAGACGAUUGAUGGACAAGUCCGUGGAGGAAAUACUAACGUUUAUUAAGGAUGUAAUAAUAAGCGAAACAAAUCUGAGAAAAAACAUUCAUGCUGUUGUACUCGUGGGUGGGUUUGCAUUGUCUGAUUUUUUGUACAAAUCAAUACAAAGGGAAAUUAAGUCAGUGACGAUUUUGAGACCCUGGUCCUGUGACAAAGCCGUUCUGCGUGGGGCCGUCUUAUUCGGGCAUAAUGAGAGAAUUUUAAGUGUGAGAAUACCACGCUUAACUUAUGGUAUUAAAUCGUUUAAGCCUUUCAAAUCAAUCUAUCCUUUGGAGAGAAAAGUAAUAAUUGACGGGAAAGCUUAUGUCAAAGACUACUUCUCGAAACACGUCACACGUGGACAAGAAGUACACAUUGACGAAUGGACAACACCUAGAGAAUAUAAGCCACAAUGCAAUUCAGAAAACACGUCAAUAUUUAUUUAUUCGUCAAAUGCCGACUCACCCACAUAUAUCGAUGAAGACAGCUGCAAAAGCAUCGGGCAAUUGGUACUUGAUUUCACUCGCAAAAAGGGCAAGCUUAAUUUAUUAGAAGUAUCUUUCAAUUUCGGUCAUACGGAGUUACUUGCCAAAGUGACACAUCAGUCGUCGGGAGUUUCUGCAGUAGGAUCAAUGCGUUUUCAAAGUAUUUAAAUCGGCAUAAUCUCUAACAUUUAAGGAAAACGUGACAUUUAACAUACACUCUAAACUUGAAUGUUCUUAUUUCACCUUUUGGAAGUCAUGUUUAUAAGGAUUGAAUUAGAAUUACACUUCAUCAAUCCCAGACAGGAUUCUAUAAACAUGUGUAAAAUAAUUAUGAACUGAAUAUAUUCAAAUGUGUAAAGAAUGAUUUCACAUCAAAGACAAAUGAUGCGAUGCUUGGAUAAAUGCUUACAAGAGAGAGAGAGAGAGAGAGAGAGAGAGAGAG